AUGUCUCAAUCCAAAGGUGUCGCCCUCAUAACCGGUUCAGCACAAGGAAUCGGCCGUGCGAUAGCGAUCAGAUUAGCCCAAGACGGCUUUGAUUUAGCGCUCAAUGAUCUGCCCGGAAAGAAGGAAGUAUUGGAAGACCUCGCAGCCGAACUUCGGCGAGGCGGAGAAUCAGAGAGCUCCUACCAUCCUAGAACAUGCAUUGUGACUUGCGAUGUCAGUAAAGAAGACGAGGUGAAGAGCAUGAUUGAUACCGCAGUCGACGCUCUAGGGAGCUUGGACGUCAUGAUCGCGAAUGCCGGAAUUAGUGGCAUGGUAGAUCUCUUGAGUGAAACUCUAGAAGGCUGGGACCGCAUGAUGAAAAUCAACGGCACCUCUGCAUUCCUGUGCUAUAAAUACGCCGCAAUCCAGAUGGUGAAACAGGGACGUGGCGGCCGCAUCAUCGGUGCCAGCUCCAUGGUAGGAAUACAAGGUAAGAGGCUAGAAUCGCCCCUUGGACCUGAACCAAGUGGCACCCGACUAGGACCCCGGAACUCACACGCGCUCAUCGGCAGCGUGCGUCCAACGGCGCCUUCUCAACCAUGGCCCCGUCCAACACCCUAG